AUGACACGAACGCAUCCCCCUGAUAUACUGGCAUCGACUCUAUAUCGGGACGUUACCCUAAAUCCCAUCACUGACCCCUCCAUUUCUCUCCACUCCUUCCAGCAAUGUGACUUGAAGAUGAUUGACAAACCAGAAAUCAUCAACAAAAGACACUGCCGUAGCUUUGACUUCAUUGAGUCCCUGGACGAUCCACAGUCCUUCUCUUCCUCAAUGGAGUACCCUUACAAGAGGGCUGAGCAUCAGACAUUAAACAAAGAUCUAAUGUGGAAUGGACUAGAUCAAACGGGGCACCUUCGCUUUUCAUCUCCUGAUCUGUUUAAUACCAGGCAUUUUCAGCAGCACACCACCCAAGACAAAACUAGCCAUCUUACUUGGUCAGACUCUAAAAAUAGAAAGAGAUCCAAAAGUGCUCCGAGAAUCAAGUCCACCCUCACUCCGGUGCCCAUCUCAGUAUCUCCACCAGGAACCAGGAAGGGAAGGGAUGCACCUCAGGCUGCGUCAGAUACUUUGAGGACUUCUGAGAUGCAUCGAGAGACAUAUUCUUCAAACAGGGCUUUUUUGAAUGAGGUCCAUCCUAUAAAACUGCAGCCUCAUUCUCCCCUCUAUGUCUCUGAUUGUUUUGAAGAGGAUAAACCAGAUAAACCAGCCAUAACCCCUCAUGUCAGGUGCCGUGUGGAUAUUAAACCAGAUGCUUCUGUACUCCAGCACACAUCCAGACUGGCUCCCAGUGCACGGACUGAGCAUCUUUGGCAGAGAUACUCACAGGCCAGUAGUAGUCGAGGUGUGUAUGUACCACGGCAGAUUGUCUCCUCACCAACACCCAUUCCAAGCGAAUGCUACAGUGGAGAUUUUAGACAAGGUUACCACUACGCCACCAGCAUGUCUCCCAUCUCUUACCAGCAUCUAGACAUGCAUAGAAUGCCAUCACCAACAGCACCAUAUCUGAGUCAAGAACAAAGAGCUUACUCAAACCCGAACAUUCCUACAAAGUUUUUCUAUACUGAGGACCCUGUUCGGUAUCCAGUUCAUCCCUAUUCCAGGGCAUACUUUCAGGAUGAUCGGUCUAGUCUAACCAGUCAUGGAAGUACUAUGACCAGUCAGUAUGAUCCAAGGACUCGAUGGGUACACACCCUUCCAGUCAGGUCAUAUUACACAGACCAUAUUCCCAACCAGCCAGCAAACUCUGUAUAUAGUAGGCCUUACUCUACAAGUGAGGCAGGGUCAUACUUUUCUCAAACUCCACUGUCAAGAUCCUACUAUGGGGAGGACCAACGGUUCAAUCCAUAUCAUCAAAGUAGCUCAAGGUUGUUUUAUUCCAAGCCAUUCAACUCUCCUGAGGAGCAGUACUUUCCAUCAAGGCCAUAUCACACAGAAGGUCGUCGACGCCCUCGAAUGUCCCAGGCUUUUUCAGAUGACUGGUAUCGCUCAAGUAUAUCUGGUUACUCUAACCAGUCCUCUCAGCACACACCACCAAGAGUAAGGCAAGACCCCGGUGUACCCCAGUGGUUUACUAACAGCUGUAUGGAGACAAGACUAGGAGCAGAGGUCAAAAACCACUCCAAGUCUUGGGACAAUAUUCUAUAUCCACGGCAUGACAGAGAGCAAUCAGUUCCUCGUGGACGAAGCUAUGAAAACCUGUUUUACCAAGCAAGGCAUGGAACAUCUGCUGAUAUUACAUCUCAACCUGUUAUCCUUAACCUUUCAAGUUCACCAAGGCGCUAUGCUGCCCUGUCACUUUCCGAAAACUCGCUGGAGAGGGGCUCAAGCAAUCCAUGGAGGAAUACCAAAAGCGGGCAGUGGUUUGUAACUCCGGAGAUCACCAUAACAGACAAUGACAUAUGUGCAGGCAACAGCAAACGGCGUGAUGUGCACUCUGUCAGCUGGGAUACACCGGACAUUGAAAAGACACCAUCUCCGAGAGUAAUGCAUCAGAAACCAACAUCCAACACAGCAGACAUAACCAAAGACAGGAAACACAACAACUUCUCCCUUCAGCAGAGUCUGGAGCAACUGGAUGAACUAUUAGCUGACUUGGUUGUUGAUUACAAACCACCAACUAGCAGAAGAUCAAGUGAGGACCUUUUGGACCAGCUGAAACAUCUGAUUAGUGAGGACGAUGAAAAAAGCAGAGGAUCUUCCGGACUUGAAAACUUAGGAAGUCUGAACACUCAGCUCCCAUCCUCUAAAUCCAGCCCUGACACAAUCAAAGACCCUGAUAGUGGGUGUGAUGCUUUACAAAGGAGUGCAGAAGAAUGUUCUCCAGACCACAGCACAGAUGAAGAUGACACCAUGGUCUGUGCUAACAAGAAGUGCAAUCGGACUGAGAAUAUGUUCAAUGCUUGCUUGUACUUCAAAUCGUGCCAUAGUUGCUACACCUUUUAUUGCUCACGGAACUGUCGCAGGGAUGACUGGGAGAUCCAUAAAGAGACCUGUCUGUAUGGCCGUGUGAGCAGUGUUUGUCGACAUACACUCAAGUUCUGCAGAGAAAAUUCAGAGAUACAUAAAGCCUUCUCUCGUGUUGCUAAAGCUGGCUACCUCUCCAGAGGGAGAGGCGUUCUCUUUCUGGGUUUUGCUAAUCCAGAGACAGCUGAUAACUUCCUGCAAGUUGGGCUAGAGAGUCUCCUCAUGUCUCCCACAUACUUAUCUCUGAGAGAGCUGGAUGGCUUCAAGGAUAACCUAGGUGAAUACUGCAAGGAACUGCAGCAUGCAGGUAACGAGUACGACCCCAAUGAAUGUUUCCUUCUGAAUGUAUCCAUAGCUGUUGGUGAACUAGUACCUAACCGACCUUCACCGAGGUUCCAAACACCAACAGUUCGAAAAUAUGCAAAGGUGUCCUUAGCUUCUUCAAGCCCUGACAAAAAGGUACUCAAGAGGGAUAGUGAAAUGGAAACUCUCAUCCUCACUCCACCUCCAGGCACACCAGACAUUGACAAGGAGGGGGAGGAAGGAAGAAAAGCCAGAGAGGUGUGCUUUGUCAAUAUCCAGCGUGAGCUCAGGAUCAGGGGAGUCUUUCUGCGUCACGAGUAUCCCAAAAUCUAUAAUCAGCUGUGUGAGUUUGUGGAGAGCAACAAAAGGUUUACUCCAACUACGAUUUAUCCAAUAGAUAAGAGAACAGGGAAGCAGUUUAUGUGCAUGAUCAUGGCUGCAUCUGAGCCACGGACACUGGAUUGGGUGGGCACCCCACAUCUCUUGGAUGAUAUUAUAUAG